AAAGUGCCUCCGAGGUAAAUGUGAAAUUUCAAUAAUGGUGUCAUCUUAUCCAUUGAUUCUCAAAAAUAACGAAAGGACGGCGAGUGUUUAUUCACAGGGGACGAGCAUUAUCAGUUAUAACACUUACACGAGCAAGUCGUCGAGUAAGAGUAACAGGAAGCAUCGUAGAGGUGAUACGGCGAAAUUUAUUCUCAUUGAGAAGAGAUCCGAUCAAACACCUGAACAAAACUCUCCUAGGGAUACGUCAUCAACAGUGUCGAGUGAGACUGAGUCGGUGGUGCAAAAACGCCGUGACGAGGAAUAUCAGUCGAUCGGUGAUACAAGCAAGAGGGGCGGAAUUAAUUUCAGUCCGCUCGAGUCUGUGCGUUCAGAUCUGAAGGAUGUGGUAAAUGUCAACAAAAGGGGUGGAGUCGACUUCACUCCGGUUAUCGAUGAUCAAGAAAAACAAGGAGAACGCGCUGAGGGUGGUGAACACGAUAGCUCGGAUGGUUCCGCAAAUGGUAACGGAUCGAUACUGAACGAUGUCAUUGUUACCUACGGAGAUUAUUGGGAUGAAGAUGAGCGUGCGACAGUCCUCGGAAAUAUAGGCGGCGAUUACUCGGAAGAUUCAAGUGCUUCGCACCUUCAAACCGAUCCGAAAUCGCGAGCGGCUGCCCAAUAUACUUUAUCGUCAGCCAUGGUAACAACUCCGCACUUCCCGAGCACGCCAUCUUCACCGGCCUUGGUUUUAACACCGGUGGUGGAUCGAAAAUUCGUGCAAUCACAUUCUUCGAUCUCACAGUACUCACAAAAGUCCUAUCUAUCAUCGAGCACUCAACGUUCGCGUUUAUUGACCUUACCGUCCUCGCCGCGAGAUGGAUUUACGCCAACCUUCAGUUCAAUUAAUCUCUCAAAAUCGGUGAAACCAGAACGAACCAAGGGCUCAAAUGAUUACACGGUUGUCGCUCCCAGGUAUCAAAUCACACAAGAUGAUAACGAUGACAGUAACACGGACACGGCGAGCGUGAAAACCAAAUCCAGUAAGAAGUUAUCCAACACAAUGAGUUUUAAGCAAGUUAACCUUUUCAGCAAUAUAAAAUCCUCCAGUGGUAAUAAUAACAAUAGUCAUGAUAAUUAUGAUGUGUGGGGGUAG